AUGCCGCGGCCCAAGAAACCCGACGGCCGCGAACCGAAGAGCCGCAGCAGGAGCGGCUGCUGGUCCUGCAAAGCACGGAAAGUCAAGUGCACCGAAGAGCGCCCGAGCUGCUCCAAAUGUCUCAAAGGCGGCUACCAGUGCGACUACGGCAUCCGCCUCAACUGGGAUGGCCGCCGAACCAAGCGGCCGCAACUUAAGGCUGUCCAUCUUGAUGCCGGAUCCCUGAUGGACGGCGAUGACGACUUCGACGACCCUACUUCGGGCGACGAGCGCGCCCCGCCGCCGCCUCCGCUGCCACAGUCCCAACUCGAAACGCAGUUCCAACUGGGCCCAACCGCCGCCCCGCCGGCUUCUGCCUUGACUGCAAAUGGGGCCCAGCCGACCCUGAGCGUCGGAUCGUUCCAGGCGACCGGCCCAGCGCAAGGUGGACCGGGAGCGCCAGCACGACCGAGCCGGCCAUCUACCUCCAAAGGCAGCGCCGCCGGCCAGUUCCAGAUUCUGACAAACAUGGCCAUUUCGCCAACGUCGCCUGCCGUGUCGCAAUUUGCCGCGCGACGGCCCGUGAAGCCACUGAAAAGCGUUGCCUCCAAGGGCGGGCAGGAGGCUCUUGCACCUCCACACCAGUCGCCUGACGGAGCGCGGAUGCUCUUACCAGUAGCGCCUCAACCGACGUCACAGCCGUUGUCUGCACCAGACGCGCCAGAGAGCGCGUCGCCAGCCGACUCCGGCGAUGCUCGACCGCGGCACUCAAAGCGACAGCGGAUCGAUUCAGACGCCAGCGAACGCGAUUUCGCAUGGACUUGGCCUUUGUCUCCUUCUACGGGCUCUGGCUCCCUUUCCGCUCCUUCUCCACGGCAGUUCGCCCCGCCGCGUGGCUUUACACCCAAGCCAACUGUCGAUGGCUCCUCACCUCGGGCCCACGAAGACGGACAGCAAGGCAAGACGUCGCCCCAUUCAAACAACAGUCUUUUGCACUUACAAGCAACGAGCGACUUCCGUCGUCUUAGCGUCAACUCGCUGCUCUCCGGGCCUCUUGGCCCGAACUCUGCGGCAGGUACACCGCCGGCAUCGACGACGUCACCCAUCCCGAACCCACCAGCGCCACCCGCUGAGACAGCCAGACCUGAAGACAGCAAACGUGACCCUCAGCAUAACGAUAACCAUCACCACUACCGCUCCAGCUGUUACUACGGCAUCGAUGCUGGUUUCCUAGACCUGGAUCUCGGGAAAAACGACGACGCCAACGCCUUGUCGGGGGUACGAAGUGGCCCCAAGUCUAGCAAGACCAACGCCACAGAACGCCAACACAAGCCCGGCCACGAGUCGGGAGGAUACUACAGCACGCCUGUGUCUGUCCGAAUUCCUCGCGCGCUCGGCACACUGCCCCCGAAACUGACAGAGAACCCUAUGAACAUGUUGUACUUCCACCACUUUAUCAACAACACUGCUCGGGUUCUCGUGCCACAUGACGAUCCACAGUCUAAUCCGUUCCGUACGAUCCUCCCACAAAUGGCAAUCAACAACGACAACCUUCUCAGCCUACUGCUUGCCUACUCGGCUUCCCACCGUGCACGCAUUCUAGAACAGACGGAACCCGUUAUGCGCAUCGCUUUGUGGGUACAGGACAUCUUUCCUGCCCUCCGCCAGGCCUUGGACGACCACAAGCAAAAAAUAUCGAACGCUAAUGUCGCGACGGCUAUUAUGCUUGCGUCACUCGCCAUUGUGUCCCCGACGGCAUUCGGCUACAACAUCCCUUGGCAGAGGCAUCUGAUGCUGGCACGCGAGCUGAUCGCCACGCGUCCGGAGGGCCUCCGGGUCGACCACCAUAGCUCGCUGGAAGGCCAAGUGUGCUCCUUCCUCUGGAGUUGGUUUGCGUACAUUGACGUCUUGGGCGGAUUAAGCGGUGGGCCCACCGAUGCCACACCCGCCUGGAUCUUGGACUACAAAGUCUACGACCCGCAGGACGACGACGAAAUCGACUGCAUCAUGGGCUUCACCACCCGCUGCAUAUAUGUCCUGUCGCAGAUUGCCGAGCUCGUCCGUCGGCACGAGCCCGACCGCUUGAGGAUUACGCGCAAGGACGCGAACGCGUGGGUCCCCAGCACACAGAUCAAGAUGAGCGUCGAGUCGCUCGAGGUCGAUGUGCGCGACAGCAUGGUCCAGAGGCCGCGGCCAUGUGCUCACUUGCACCAGUCCGGCGACGCCGUCCGCUGGGACCGCGACGAGAUGACGGCGACCAACGAGGCCUACCAUUGGGCAGCUCUUGUGCAGCUGCAGCGCCGUGUUCUCGGCAAGCCAACAGACCACCCUGACGUGCAGCGCCCCGUGCAGCAAAUCAUUGACUGCAUUGACCGCGUGAGCUUUGGCGGGACAGCCGAGAACUGCCUGCUGUUCCCGCUGUUCACGGCGGGUUGCGAGUGUCUCGACGACGGCACACGCAAGAACCUGCUGAACCGCAUGCUGAGCGUGGAGGGGACGGGCAUGAUGCAGGUGACCCGGGCGCGGGCCUUGAUGCAAAAGGCCUGGGGUACGGGCAAGCCGUGGGAAACACUUCUCACGACGGAGUUUAUUGGGUAG